UCCAAUAUGCCGCGAAAAAAGAUGACAGGGUUUGACAUUUGUGUUCAGUAGGCUUGAGCGCAAUGGGCGAUCGGAUAGCAGAAGUAAGUGAGACCCAUUAUGAAGGGGAUUAUUCAAACCCGCCAUCACCAACUGAAAAUCUCUCCAGUGCAUCAGACGAACUGCUGCCCAAAUCAUCAUGUGUAAAACAAAAUAUUCCACAUGGAAGACGAGCACAGCAUACAAUUCCUUCACCAACAAAGUCAUCUUCUUCCGACUCAGAAACUGGGCAGUGGAGAAGUAUCAAAAAAAGACUGUUGGCUUCUGAUUUUAAAAAAGAGGAUAUGAGUGACUUAAAUAUAUUUUAUGAUGAGCAACCAAUGCCAAUCGACUGUUUCUUUAAAAUGCUCAAAGAAAAGAAACAAUGGACCAUGAGCACAGUAGUUGAAGAGGAAAUAUUGGGCACUUUUAAGCAGGCUAAUGAAGAUCAGUUGGAGAACUUGAAUGUGGUUUUAGAAACUAUCACUAAAACUGCUGAAAUGCAUUUUGAAACAAAAAAUGAGGACAGCGACAGAGGAAGACGGAAUCGUCAUGCUUUCAAUGCUCUGAAAAGAAAUACUCUUGAUUGUAUCGUAAAUGAAGCACAGAGAGUGAACAAAUUUUACAGAAAAACUGUAAUAAAUGGACAGUAUACUGGUGACACAAUGAUCAGGUUAUUUGGUCAGUGGGCGGCAUCAGUAAAUGAGUUUUUGCAGAGCUGUGUUGAUAUAGUGCGGUCCAUAUUUCAUCCUGUAAUACCCCCAAAAAUAUCCCACCAUGAGAAUCAUGAGAACGAAAAAGAAAGAGACCCUUGUGAAAAAAUCUAUCAUACAUUGUUCAUGAGCUUUUCAAAAAUUUGUUUGCUUCAUCCAAGGCCACACAGAAAAACCUAUGGAAUAUUCAGGAACAAAGUUAUAAUGAGUGAACCAGACAUACACUUUGUACAGACGUUUACUCCCUAUGGAGCAGAUGGGUCUCCUGUGCUGAUAAUGAGUUGUGAGGUGAAGAGAGAAGACCAUAUUGACAAAAGAAGACCAAUGAAAACGUGGAUAGAGAACAUUAUCAGCUCCAAUGUAAUGGGGAAGAUUGGAACAGAACUUCUAAUUGAAAGCUACGGGUCAUUUUUCUCACCGUAUGCUGUAGGAAUUGUAUGUUUGAGAUCAGAGAUAAUGUUCCUGUUCCUGGAUAUUUGUAUUGACCACUUUGAUGCCAUUACAGAGAACUUAUGUUUAGAUGGUAAACGGGCAUCUAUCCAUUACACCAAAUCUUAUGAUAUCCUGAUACAAAAGGACAGAUCUGAAAUAAUGGACAUCAUGUUUUACAUGGCUGCAAUUCAAACAUACAACUUCCUUUUCCCUUUUUAAGUGACACAAGCUUUGAACCUGUUAGGUUGUAGUGAUUGUCUGAUGAAGGAAAACAAACAAGUGACGUGUUAUAGUUAUAUAGAAACAUUCAACUUAUAUGUAAAAACGAAGCGAGUGAUUUGAAGAAAAGGACUACCUUUCUUAAUUGUUUAUCAAUUAGAGUUUAACAACCUCUGACAAUAUUUCAUCAAUGAUGAGACAGAGAAUAUUUUGAGAAAACUACUUGGUUUUCAAUUGCUUAUAAAAAGACAAAUACCAGGUACGAAGACAGGCAAUUUUUGUUUUAAUAAAUACUUUCACAACAAAG